CUAACUGAGUAGAUCCAGAAAACAAACAAGGUGAAUCCGGCCGUGUCGUCAGCGCAGCAGGUUAGAUUAGAGCGACAAGCAAUCUAAUCGGCCCAAUAAUUCCCACGUGUAUCUGAAUGCACUAACGAUUUUAGACAUCAAUUGACCUCAAUCGGCUCAGAAACAUGCACACAGCUGUCACUGUAUUUCGGUGGACUUCGGCUUAACUCGUUAUCAGCAAAGCAAUCGAACAAUAAAGAACAUAUCGCAGACAUCCCUAAUCGUAGCCGAACUGCUGCAUUAUUGUAGCACACAUCAGCUCAUUCUGCAGCGUCCGGUGAUUAAACCCGGUUCAGUGUACUCAGUUUUAGUAGCCAUCAUGCUGCAGCUGGAAGUGAGCGAUAUUCUCUACACACUAGUGGCACUGUUGAUUGUUUUCCUCGGAUGGCGAAAGCAUAACUACUGGAACCGGGUCGGUGUGCCGUACAUUCUUGAAAUCCCCGUCAUCGGCAACUUCAGUACGAUCUUCCUGCAGCGACAUUCCAGCUUUGAGUACAUCCAGCACAUCUACCAUCAUGCCCGUACGCGGGCAAGUGAUUUUUUCGGCGUCAACAUCUUCACCCGUCCGGCGCUGGUGAUACGAAACCCGGAGCUUAUCAAAAAGCUGACAUGCACGGAUGCGAUCCGCUUCACCAAUCGGCAGAUGUGUGCGGAUCGAUUUCACGAUACGAUCGGGUACUACAAUCUGAUCAUGAUACGGGAACCGCACUGGAAGCAGCUGCGUGGUCUACUCUCACCGUCCGUAACGAGCGCCAAGCUGAAGCGAAUGCAACCGCUUAUCGCGCAGGUUGGUGCAGACAUGGUGGCCUCACUCGAUGCACUACCGGAAGUACGGGCUCGCGUGCGUGAGACGGAAUUUAAAGAGCUCUGUGCGCGCUUCACCACCGACGUGAUUGCGAGCACAUUCUUCGGCAUGCAGGCCAACUGUCUGAAGGACGAGAAUUCCGAGUUUCGUUACUACGGUCGAAAGAUCUUCGAUUACGGUCCGGCACGUGGUUUGACGAUGGCAUCGUUCUUCUUCGCACCGGAGCUGGUGCCUUACCUACGGUUGAAGCUUUUCCCACGCGAUACAGAAGCAUUCCUUAAGGCUAUCAUCGAGCAGGAGAUUGCAAGGCGUGAGAAAACUGGUGAAAGUCGGGGAGACUUUAUCGAUUCUAUGAUUGCGCUCAAAAAUAACAACGCCACACUGGGAGUUACGGAGAAGAUACCGAUCAAAGGUGAUAUACUUGUGGCACAGGCGGCAACGUUCUAUAUGGCCAGCUUUGAAACUACCUCCUCGGUGUUAUCGUUUGCUCUGUACGAAUUAAUAAGACAUCCAGAAAUUCAAUCCCAACUGAGAGAAGAAAUACGCCUCAUUAUCCGUAAAUAUGGGCAAGAUAUUCCCUAUGAAGCUUAUGCCAAUGAGAUGCCCUACCUUGGUACGGUUAUCUCGGAAACGGCUCGGCUUUAUCCAGUACUACCAUUCAUCGAGCGUAAGUGUACAUUGCCGGAAGGUAGCACCGGGUAUAAGCUAGAACCGUUCCACGACUACAUCAUUCCCAACCAUAUGCCAGUGUUGAUCCCCAUUUAUGCAAUCCAUCGCGAUCCAAAGUAUUUUCCCGACCCGGAACGGUUCGAUCCGGAACGAUUUUCCAAAGAAAACCUGGACCAAAUACAACCCUGCACCUACAUGCCGUUCGGUGUUGGGCCACGCACCUGCCUUGGAUCGCAUUUUGGGACGCUGCAAAUUAAAAUUGCGCUCGUGAAACUACUCGCCAAGUACCGCAUCGAUCGAUCGGCCUCCACGCCGGAAGUGUUAACUUACCGCAAGAAUGCGUUCACGCUCAACUCCAAUGAAGGUCUGUACGCGGAACUGGCGGAUGAUCCGCUGGGAAUGUGA